AAAACUCAAAUCAAUGAACCUCCCAAUGAACAAAACCCGAUCCCUAAUUCCCUUAACCUAAUUUCUCAAUCUCGCGUGCGAAGAAGAGUACCAGGACUGAUCCUCGAACACCAUCUCAGGGCAAGGAGAGAUUGCAGACUUAUGAGGGAGACAGAGAGCAGCAGCAGAAGCGAAUGGCAGGAAAGGAGGAAUUCGUAGAAGCAGACAAUGCAGAGGCCAUAAUCACCAGAAUUGAACACAAAUCUCGCAAGAUCGAAAGCUUACUUAAACAGUUCAAACCCGUCGAAGCUCUCAAAACGGCUCUUGAAGGCUCGCCUCCCAAGACCCGAGACGAGCGAUGCAAGUCUGCAAAUUGGAUAGUCGUACAUAGAGCGAUCAUGGCGAUAAGAGAUGUGGAAGGGAUGUUCUCUUCUUUGGAUCCUGAGUACUAUGAUAUUCUCAUGAAGUACUUGUAUAGGGGUUUGUCAACUGGAGAUCGUCCCACAUGCGACCAAUGCCUACGAAUACAUGAAAAGCUGACAGAGAAAGCUGGCCUGGGUUGCAUAUUGCGUGCCCUUGCAGAUACUGUGAAUACUGUUUGACACUCACGGCCCCUAGUCUGAAGUUUUUGGUUAUGAAAAUUGUCAUUUGCUUUGAUUAUGUUGAAUAUAUCGUAUUCCUAAGGGAUAGUUUAUAGUUCGGUCUUGUACUCAUUCAUGUAUCGGACAAAAUUGAAAUCUACUGGGGAACUCAACUUCCAAGAAACAAGUUGUCUAGAAGCUUUUCAGUGUUUUAUUCAAAAGACUUCUCCAUUUCUCAAAUCAGAGGGUAAUAAACUGAUGCUGCAGAAAUAUUUUGUUCA